AUAUAAUAGUUCUAAUGAAUAUUUUUAUUUCAGCUUUGCAACCAUGAAGACCUUCGUCGCACUUUUCGCCCUCUUGGCCGUGGCUGCUGCCAAUCCUCUGCCAUUGGUGCAGAUCAUCGUGAACGUUGAGGCUCCCCCUAGCGGCAACCCUGUUCUCAUCGAGGACAAUACACCACCCGAAACCAUUGUUUUGCCUACGCCCGUUUUGCCCGAGAUCGUGCCUGAACCUGAUGUUAUCAUUUCGCCUAUGCCUGUCUUACCGGAGGUUGUACCCGAACCUGAUGUUAUCAUUUCGCCUAUGCCUGUCUUACCUGAGGUUGUACCCCAGCCGGACCCCAUAAUACUUCCUGAGCCCGUUCUUCCUGAGCUCGUCCCUGAACCUAUUGUACUUCCAGAGCCCGUCCUCCCUGAGCUCCUCCCUGAGCCUAUCGUGUUGCCUCAGCCUGUUCUUCCUGAGGUCGUCCCCGAACCCAUCGUGCUCCCCGAGCCUGUAGUUCCUGAGAUCGUCCCAGAACCUGUUAUCCUUCCCGACAACCUCAACUAAGCGAUAUAGCUUUUGAGUGCCGAGAACAGACUCUGGAGUAAAAAGAUACUAGCAUUAAUAUGUGAUACUUGACAUUCCUAAGUCUUACUGGAUGCCAUAAUAUGACCUGUCUUGAAUACAAUAUGUUUACAUAAUUUAUAAUUUUCUGUUACAUUUUACAAGUAAAUAGCAAUAAAUAUAUAUAUUCAACAA